GCUCGCACUAGAGGGGCGUGGUCGUAUAGGGUCGCACAUGAUGCAUCACAUUAAAAGAUUGACUGUUCACUGUUUUACUGCACACACUGACACUAUUUCAAGGAUAAAUCAAAGAAAAGCUGCUUAUAUAUAGCAUCACCUGCCUAGACGACAAGACUUAUACGAAUUUGGUACAUCAUUUAGAGAAUGUUUUGGAGGCUUUCGUUUCGAAGGCCAUCAGCAAUUGAUGCUAUUCUUGACAAAGAGGACUGUACGUUGGGCGAGAUUCUUGACGAAGAUGACGUCCUUCAAGAAUGCAAAUCACACAACAAGAAACUCGUUGACUUUUUGGUACGGCCUGAGAUGAUGGAGGAGCUGGUCAAGUACGUGUGUCAGGAACCCAGUGAAGAUGUCGAGGAUAAAGUCAAGUUCAAAUACCCCCACAUAGCGUGUGAACUGCUCACCUCUGAGGUUUUCACCAUCACAGAGCAGCUAAGUGCCAGUGAGUAUUUGAUGGGUCUCCUCUGGUCCUUCCUCGACUCUACAGGCCCUCUCAACCCCCUCGUCGGAAGUUUCAUCAGUAAAGUGUUGGCAAUGCUACUCAAUAAAGAGCCUAUGGUGAUAUUCAAUUUCAUGCAAGGCCGUGAAGACUUCCUCUCCCAGUUCCUAGUUCACCUGGGUACCUCGGCCAUCAUGGACCUCCUACUACAGAUGGUGGCAGUGGCAGAGACGGACCAGAUACGACAAGACAUUGCCAUGUGGCUCAAGGAACAGGGGCUAGUGGAGAAGCUGAUAGACUUCAUAGGAAAGGAUACCGACAACACUGAGUACUGUGCCAAUGCGUCCCAGGCUCUGUGUGACAUGUUCGUGCUCUCCAGAGAGUCUUAUCAGAAGGCCAACCCAGCACCUCUCCUCGACACACUAGAGAGUGAGGAGACUCUCCAGCGAUUACUUGACAACAUGUUCAGCUCUGAAACACCUAAAGACGUAGUGAUAGUAAACGGCAUCUCUGUACUACUAACAGCCCUAGAAAAACGUUCCCUACCCAUGAUCAAUACUCCUCCGCCAUUGGAGAGGUCCUUCUCAAUGGGCAAUCCUGAAGAGGGUUCCGAGAAUUCUCUACACUCUGGCAAGGAGCUCACAGCAGAGCUUGAGCGAUGCCUUCACAAUCGACUAAAGGACUUCCACGAUCUUCUCUCCAGAAGACCACAAGGCUACCCUCACUCCGUCAUGUCCACCACGGCCGGGGACCUGGACCCUCCCCUUGGCAACACACGACUACAGGUGGUGCGGCUAUUUGCCUCCAUUCUACAGUGUGGCAGCUCUGGUAUCUCAACAGCCAUGAUGCAACUUAGGACUUUCUCUAUUUUAGUAGACUUAUUUUUCCAAUAUCCAUGGAACAACUUUCUUCACAAGGAGAUAGAAUUGUGUGUGGGUGCUGCUCUGAGCUCAGACUCUGCCUACCCUCCGAGCGACCAGACCAUCACUGCCGAGGAGGAGGAAGAGGCGGGGCCGGGGGAGACUAGCCCCUCGGAAGACUCUCAAUCCAAUCCCAAAUCACUUAGGCAUCAUUUACUGACGGAGUGCAAGUUAGUGUGCAAAAUUUUGGAAGGUUUUGAUCUGAAUGAGAAAUUAAGUUCGGAGUCCAAAGGACGUCGCCAAGGUUACAUGGGUCAUCUAAUCAGGAUAAUAAACUCUCUUGUGCGCUGUGGGGAAGGAGACGAAUCAUUACGAGAAGCCUUGAAGAUUUCUUUAGACGAAGACACUCAACAACAGUGGAAUAACUUCAUCAUUGGACCCAUUGCAGAGCUCAACAAGAGGAACGAAACCAACCUGGGUGGAAAUGCCCCUCUGUCAUCAGGGAUGGAUGACAGUGACGAGGAGUUUGAUCAGCUGAAUAAUGGAGGGAUCAUGGAUAGUGAGCUGGAGAAGGCGUACCAGCAGUACCAGGACGUUCGCUACGUGACCCAGUUCAUGGACGACUGCGGAGUAGAAGAUGAGUUGAAUCCAGAGAGAGAACCGUUUGAGGCGAGCUUCUCACGACUCAUGGACCUCUCCAGUCACAUAGAGGCAGAUGAGGAACCUCCAGUGGCCCCUGGUAUGUUUGAUGCAGCGUGCGCUAGUCGUAUACAACAGUUUGAUGAUGAUGACGAGAGUGACGAUGAGGAAGAGGACACGAGUACCUGGACAGAUAAGGAGGUCUCUCUGUCAUCACCCAUGGACCACAAUAGUGGUGGUAGUAGCGAUGAAGAAGACAGUUUCACAAGAAGGAGAGAAUUCCCCACAGGCUCAAGUGAUGAGGACGAGAGCCCUGGCAAGCGUGCCGCCCCCUACAUGACCACACCCCCUGGACGACUCACACAGAUCACCUCGUCACUCUCCAAAGAGGGGGACUCGGACAAAAUGGAGAUAGGUACUUCAGAAGGCAUGAUCUCAUGGCGCUCUGAACUGUCGACAGACGCUGAGUUAUCAGGAGGGGGUGUGGUUGACUCUACUGAUGGAGGCAUUAACUGGAUCACUGAGCCUAUGAGUGCAUACAAGAAGGACCAGGAGCCAGACAGCCCUAACUCCACCAACUGGGCAGAUUUCUCAUCAGCUUUCCCCAAUAGCACUACUACAGGACAAGAAGAGCACUCCUCACCCCAAGAUAUGGACCUUGACUCAGCCCACGUGUCCAGUCAUAUCACAGUUACGUACAAGAGGGCCGGAGGGGAUUCCCCCUACAAUGACGAUGACAUCAUCGAAAGCCCUGAGCACAUACCAAACAAGGCCAGCUACAGCCUUCUCUCCCCGAGUGGUGCGACCAAUGAGAUUGCCCCCUCCUCUCCCUUGGACAUGGAUACUAUCCAGCUGGCAGUGGACACCAGCUCUGACGAGGAUGUUCACUCAAGCUCAGACUCAGAUGAUGAGAGAUCUGGCAAGUAUGCGCCAGUGAACACUUCCACUAGUUCUGAUGCUGAAGCUCUGAUAGGAAAUGAUGACUCACAAGAGCCUUCGUCUUCAGCUGACGACACUGCCUCAGAGCCACAAGGCACCUCCUCAGCCAACAAUGAUGGUGGGACUAGCCAUAGCAACAGCUUGGAGGGUGAGGCCAGAGGAACCGAGUGUAAUAGCAACCAAGAUGAGAACAGAUUAGGAGACACUGACGGAAUGGACGAGGGGCAACUGCAGGAUAACUACAGCUUCCUGUCUAAGCAGGGGAUGCUCAGUGCCAAUAGCUCCAGCAACAACAACAGUGGAGGAGAUGUAGAGAAUGACAGACUGAGAUUAGAGCAAAAAAGAGCCGAGGCUGUGGCAGCGAUGGAGCAAUGGGACCAGGAGGCAUCUAGUCAAAGCAGCGAGGGUCUGUCACUAGACUCGUGAUGAUCCUUACCAGAACUAUAUUAUAUUAUUAUUGUGUUAGUAAAUAGAGCAUCUUGUAAAAUGACCAAAAAAAAAAAUAAUAGCAUUAAUAUUAAUAUUGAUUUUCUAUGAGUUGGAAUAAUCGUUUUUAUUCACCUGUGCACCUAAACUCUAUCUCUUUAUUAUUUUGUGAAUAAUAUAAUGAUACUGUAGUUCGCAGGUGUCUUACGUAUGUGCGUGUGUGUCUGUAUGAAUGUAUAGAGUCUUUCUUCUUUCAGUGUGUUUCUGUGUGUGUGUUUAUCGCCAUUGGUACAUGUGCACAAAAACGUGUUUCAACUGUUUAA